CUCUCUCUCUCCUCCCUCACUCUAUUCCAGGGCAUUUGAGCCAGCAGUGGCUCGAACAGAGCAGCAGGGAGCCACGGACGGAUCAGGACCUCCACACAGUUAUUUAAUAACAGGAUCUCCCCAGAACCCAUUGCAAAAGAGGAUACGAGUGUGGACAUUCCUGGAAACUCUAGCUCUAAAAAGCAAACAUCCAGAAGUUCCUGAAGAUACUUGCUUCAAAGAAUAGUGGCUAAGGAGGACAGAUGGACUUCAGGGCAGCCCUUAAGCCUCGUUCGGGGCCUAAGCUUGGGUCAGAGAUCAAGACAAACACCCCAACCAAAGUAGACUUUAGGUCAGUGUUGGGGAAGAAAGAGGGAGCCUCACCAAAACCACCUCCACCAGAGCCGGAUAACAGCAGUGCACCUGCAGACUUCAGGUCCGUCCUAAACAAGAAGAAGAACAUAGAAUCAGAGAAACCUAGUGAAAAAGACCCAGCUCCUACACCAGCAAUCACUAAGGACAAACAAACAAGCAUUAAUGGUGUGAAUGUAGCUACAGAUAAAAGCAAAAAGGACAAUUUAGUAGAAAAAGAAGAGACAGACAAAAAGAACGAUGCAGGGACUACAAAAAAGGAGAUCAUUCCAAGCACAGAAAAGAAAACUGAUGGUGCGAUAGUGGAACCCAAGAACAAAAAUGGGAGCAUCAGUCAGAAGAAAGGUAACGACUUGAACAAGAGUUUAGCUGAAAAGAAGAGCGUGGUCAAUUCAGUGGAUGGAGAGGACGGGAAGAAGAAGGGCACGGGCAAAGCACCUGUGUUCACACAGCCUCUGAGUGAUUUGACUGUUCUCGAUGGAGAGCGGCUGAGGUUAGAGUGCACGGUGACCUCUGACCCUCAGGCUGUCAUCACCUGGACACUUGAUGGGAAGGUUGUGAAGCCGUCAAAGUUUAUUAUCUUAUCCAAUGAAGGGGGCAAGUGUUCACUUACCAUAGACAAAGCACUUCCUGAGGAUGAAGGGCGCUAUUUGUGCAAAGCGGAGAAUGCCGAAGGAAAGGCUGAAUGCUCCUGCAUGGUUCACGUUGAUGAUCCAUCAGAUCCAUCAGCAGAAAAGAAAAACAAGAAAAGCUCCUCAUCAACACCUACAACAGAGAAUGAAGCCAGGAUAAAGAAGAAACCAGCGCCAAAGUCUCCCACCAAACAAGGUUCUCCUCCUCAGGUUCUUCAGUUCCCUGGGGAUGUCAAGAUCAGAGCAGGAGAGAAAGUGGAGCUACUGUGUAACUUUGGAGGCACCGCACCCAUUACCUGCAACUGGCUGAAGUUCAAAAAGCCGAUACAAACAGGAAGUGGCGGCAUCACUAUAGAGACCUCUGAGAACAGCAGUCAGCUGACAAUAGCAGCAAGCGACCAGGACCACUGUGGCUGCUACACGCUGGAGCUACAGAACAAAUAUGGCACCAAGCAAGCCUCGCUCAACCUUACUGUCGUAGACAAGCCUGAUCCACCAGCGGGUGUCCCGGCUGCUUCAGAUGUCCGCCGUUCCUCACUCACCCUCUCCUGGUAUGGACCCACGUAUGAUGGUGGCAGUAUUGUCAAGUCAUACAACUUGGAGAUCUGGAACUCCCUGGACAACACAUGGAGUGACCUCACUUCCUGCAACAGCACCUCUUACCAUGUCCAGCAGCUGCUCCCUGACCGUCAGUACAAGUUCCGUGUGCGUGCUGUUAACAUGUAUGGCAUUGGUGAACCCAGUGCCGAGUCAGAACCCGUCACUGUGGGAGAACCAGAGGUGCCAGAAAAAAAAGAAGAAGAAGCGGAGGCAGCUGCUUCCGAUGAUGAUUCAGAUAAAGAGCCUGAGUACAGGGAUGUGGUCAUAAAGAAAGACAGCACUGUUAAAGAAUUCUAUGAUGUAGAGGAUCGCUUGGGAACUGGCAAAUUUGGUCAGGUCUUCAAACUAGUGGAGAAGUCAACCAAAAAGGUUUGGGCUGGGAAGUUCAUCAAAGCCUUCUCGCAGAAAGAGAAGGAGAACGUGCGACAGGAGAUUGGCAUCAUGAACAGCCUCCACCAUCCUAAACUUGUGCAGUGUGUGGAUGCCUUUGAGGGCAAAUCAGACAUUGUGAUGGUUUUGGAAAUGAUCUCCGGUGGUGAGCUGUUUGAGCGAAUCGUAGAUGAAGAUUUCGAGCUGUCCGAACGUGAGGUCAUUAAGUAUAUGCUCCAGAUUAUCGACGGUGUUCAGUUCAUUCACAAACAGGGCAUUGUGCACCUUGAUCUCAAGCCGGAGAACAUCAUGUGCGUCAACAAGACAGGCAGCAAGAUAAAGCUCAUCGACUUUGGCCUCGCACGAAGGCUAGUGGACUCCGGUUCCCUCAAGGUUCUUUUUGGAACCCCUGAGUUUGUAGCUCCUGAGGUUAUUAACUACGAAGCGAUUGGCUAUGCAACAGAUAUGUGGAGCAUCGGGGUGAUCUGCUACAUCCUCCUCAGUGGGCUCUCUCCGUUCAUGGGGGACAACGAUAAUGAAACACUUGCAAAUGUUACCUCAGCAACCUGGGACUUUGAGGAUGAGGCUUUUGAUGAGAUCUCUGAGCAGGCCAAGGACUUCAUCAGCAACCUACUGAAGAAAAAUAUGAAAGCCAGACUGACCUGUGCACAGUGUCUGGAAAACCAAUGGCUUAAACAGGACACCAAGAACAUGGAAGCCAAGCAGCUCUCCAAAGAACGCAUGAAGAAGUACAUCCUGAGACGCCGAUGGCAGAAAACCGGAAACGCAGUGCGAGCCAUCUCCAGAUUCAGCUCCAUGGGAAUGUUAGGAGGAAUCGGGCUUAAGAAAAGCUCGCCAACCGAAGAAGCACCGCCUGCACCAUUCCUAGAGACAACAGAAGAAGAAAACCACACCCCUGCUCCUCCCAGCUUCACCCUCAUCAUCCAGGAUGUGGAGGUGGUGGAAGGUAGCGCCGCCCGCUUCGACUGCAAGAUCGAGGGCUACCCGGAUCCUGAGGUGGUAUGGUACAAAGACGACCAGCCCAUCAAGGAGACACGUCACUUCCAGAUCGACUACGAAGAGGACGGCCACUGCAGCCUGGUAAUAUCCGAGGUGUGUCCUGACGACGACGCCAAAUACACCUGCAAAGCGGUGAACAGCCUGGGAGAAGCCAGCUGCACGGCCGAACUGAUGGUGGAGUUCAUGCAGGAGGAAGAAGGAGAUGGUGAGGAGGAGGAAGAAGAGGAGGAGGAGGAGGAGGAAGAGGAGUGAUCAACACCAUGGAUGAGGAAAUGCUGACCAGAAGGGAUGAAAGGAAGAAGUUUGGGAUAGUGUGGGAGCUUUGCAUCUCUUAAAGCUUACAUUCUUUUCUCUGCUGCUUUUGUUGUGAACACACACUGUCAAGUCUUAUGCACCGAAGCAAACCUUCAUGCACUUGUUGUCUUUACAGCGCAAUGGGGGAAAAAAAUGAGUACGGACGGUUUUGUUGGAGCGCUCAGCAAGAUCAAAGACAUUCCAAUCCUGUGCUUGGUUUAGGAGAAUCAUCAGCCGCAGAGAUCUGUUUGGCCAAAAAUGGACAAGUGUCAGAACUGCAUGCCUUGCUGAACAAACCUUUUCGGUGCCUCCAUUUGGACUUCUAAACCACUCUUAUCGUUCAUUCUUUGUUCAUUCUCCAGAACAGCAGCACUUAUUUUAGAAGAUGGGUCAUGCUUCUUUGGCUUUCCCAGUCUAUCAGUUGUUUUUUUUUUGUUGUUGUUUUUUUUUUUUUUUUGGUGCAUGUUUCACGGUCCUGCUUACACUCUAGCGCACUCAAGUGGUGAAACAAAAGACAUUUAAUGUAUUUAAACACUCAUGAUAUUUGCAUUCUAGACAAUGGAUACUGAUACACUUUUGAAGACCUGUCUGUAUAAACCUUAUUUUUAAUCAGACAAUCAGACUCAGAUGUUUGAUACUGUAGACAUAAGAAAUAGCAAGAAUUUUUACUUCUUUAUUAGGCUGAUCUAGGGUUCUUAAUCGUAAUGCUAUUUAACAAUUGCUCACUGUGCUGCGAAAGGCUUUAAAUCUCUCCGCCAGACUUUAGGACAGCUUGCCUGUUCUGUUUCACUUCACACUAUAAUUUUAGUCACCUUGCAUGACAUAGCAUCCUUGCAUAUUGAGGUGAAUGUGAUUUAGAAGGGCCCAUUGCAGCUCUCAUCCUUUAUUUAUGUCUUUGUACAGACUAUUGCCACCAUGCUGCGGGCUUCCUGAGUCAUCUCAGAAAAUGAAUUUGUCCAAACUAAUAGAACCUAAACCUGGCUCUGGCGAGUUUCACAUCAUUUGACAGAAAUAGUCACUGAGUAGAAUACAUAACACAGAGAAGAAUAAUCAAAUGCAAAGAAAAAAACAUCAUGAACCAGCUAAACAAUUAUUUAAUAUAAAUGUGUUGGUUUGAUCAGUGUCAUUGGUUUGCAUCCAAAUUUGAGUGGCCACAUAAAUAAAAGUGUUUCCUUCUCGUAGUA